AUGCUCGACUUCCUGCAGCAUUGCAGAGUACAGCAGCCAAGUCGAGCCGAGAUAGAGCACUUCUUCCACGAGCGACUAUGGCCCGCCGACAUCCAGGACGCCGUUGCAAGGGCCAUGCGCAUCGAAGGCGAAACGGAUGACUUCACCUUCUUGACCGUGACAAACCGUGGUGCCAAAACCAUCAACAUGGCCUGUCUCGCCCGAGACUAUCCUUCCGAAGCUCUGCAAUUGGAGCAAGGCCGUGGAAUACCCGCCGAAGCCGACCACAUCAUCGUCAGCCCGGGUAUGCGCCUUCGUUUGACGCACAACGUCGACAAGGAUCGCGGCUUCGUCAAUGGAGCGACUGGUAAAGUGCAAUCUGUCUUGCGACAAGAUGUUUUCAUACUCAAGUCCAGUCAGAAUGUGCCCAUUCUGGUGCAUCCAAUCACGCUCCGUGGCCGGAAGUACUUGCCGGUGUCUUACGGUUGGGCCACAACUAUCCGACGUGCGCAAGGGGCAACUUUGAACAAGAUUGCCCUCUGGUUCGACAGACGUGUGGCCGACAAGGGCUAUGCCUACGUCGGCCUCUCUCGCGCCAGAAAAGCAACGGAUGUCUAUCUCAUCGGCAAGGUCCGUCGCACAGACUGGCGAGCCGUAGGCGCCAACAACGAGCAGCUUCGGCCAUCCCAUCUCAGCGACACCACCGAGACGGAGGACAGUCGAUCGGCCACUGAUUUCCAGGAAUCCGAAGAAGAACCCAACGACUCCGACUUCGACGACGACGAGCCCAGCACGGAUGGAUUCCCGAACACCAGUGAAGAGCCUGACACAUCCGGCCGCACAGAUGAGCCCAGCACGUAUGCUUUCGAGUCCACCGAGGACGAGUUCAACAGCUUCGACUUCGAGAACUUCCGCGACGAGUCAAGCACACCUACCUUUGAGCCAGCCUCUGACAACUAG